UGGCAACGAGUUCCACAGUUGAGCAGUUCAGCAACCCUAAUAAUAAAGUAAGCUCCCAGUUUAACGAUUCUAAGCUCAGUCAAGUUUUCACUUAAGAAAUCGACUUUUCAGUUAAGAAUUUUAACUUUUGGAAAUCGAUUUUCGAAUUUGAAUUUUCACUUUUAAUGGCCACUCUCAGCCACCGUACAGAUCAUGGUCCCAGCCACCUUUCUCUCUCUUACUGUUCCUGCUCGUAAGGGUGUCCGGGUUUUAUACCAGCUGCUCGAAUGAGAGCGUCAAAGGGUCUCUCUGAUAUAUCUCGAGUAAGUUGGUGCGAGCCGCGAAAGACUUGAAGAAUUAUAUGCCCUCUUGUAGUUGUUCAGACUGUAAUCUUUAUUCCACAAAUCCUUUUGAUUCGUGCAUAUGUGGGCGUUGCAGGCUAAGAAAAGAAUGAGACUGCUUGCAGUCUAGUAGUGGUUGUUUUUUCCCAGUGGUUCGGGCGUCUUUCGUAAGGCGUGUUUACCCGCGAGAUCCCUCCGCGCGCCAACUGGCCACUUCUGCAGUGCAUGGUGGGAUAUUAAAAACCGUGGUGAACUGGGCCCUGUUGUGAAAAAAUGGCGGGCAAAACGUCGUCUCAUGAUAGCACGUUGUUGGAAAUUACCUCAGAGUGGUUUUUGGAUUAUUGUAUUUAUCAGCUAUGGAAGGAAUUCAAAGAGAAACGAUCGUUUUCUGCCUGUUGGAGAGAUGCUAUACAAGAUUUUUUGGAAAAUGGACGAUUUGAUAUAGGAAAAGAACUUUCAAAUAAACUCAGUUGCAUCAGAUUUAUUGUUGGGUUGCUGGAGCAUCGGGAAGACGUGGCUGUUUGUUCAAGUCAGGAAAGUUCAUCUGAUAAGGAAGAUUGCAGCGAACAGAGCAAAAGGCUUCUGAAACCAGACUGUCUGAAGUUUUUCGACAAGGUAGCGGCAAUAUAUCCAUUUUCUGACGUGGAGAAGUCGCAUAUGAGAAACACAUUAAAGUUACAGAUCAUUCUGUCACAUUACAGAUGUGGAGAUACUAAAGGUGCUGAAAAGUUUUACUCACUGCUGUACACUGAAAAAGGAGAUGAUGAGGAGUAUCAGAAUGAUCUCCAGGAGUUAUUUCAGUCUGAAAAUGGUACAUUCAAGGAAAAGUUUUUAAGGAAACACACAUAUGACAAACUUCUAAACCAAGUUCAGAAAUUUUUUACACCAGCAUGGAAAAAGUUUGAAAUUCCGAUCUUAGAAGAGGCUCCUUUUCUGGAGGAUUCAAAUAGAGAAAGACCCAGGAUAGAUGCAAGAACCUUAAGAGCCCUUUACUUUGCAUGGGAUAAGUCAGGUGAGGCAGAGCAAAACUGGACAAGCAUUGUUGAAGAAACUCAUCCUGAUGUUAAAGCUCUGAAGAAAAAGGUCAGCAAGAAGAAUGGCAGAGAUACCACCAGCAACCCAGCAGAAAGAAGUCCUGUGACGAGGCUGCGACAACAGGUUACUAAAAGCAGAGCAGAAACAAGUAGUACUGCAAUGACCAGUGUAUCAGAGGGUAUCCAGCGGUGUGAAGAAGUUAUGCAGAAUUUGAAGACUUCAUCUUCAAAACUCUUCUCUCAUUUGAAAGAUCCAUACUCUAACAUGGUAGCAGGACAAGCUACGCCAAGUGGAGUUUUUGAUAAUGAUGAUGAAGACAGAGACCAAGAUUUCACUGUAAAAAAGUGUUGCAAAACAGUGGUUGCCAUACCUGACAGCCCCAGUGGAAGAAAGGUAGACAAAAAAGGUAAAAGACCCCUGGAAACCAGAUCAACUAGAAGACGAUAUAACGAGGCGCACAGUGAUGCUGAAGAAAUAGAAUGGCAAUCAGAUGACGAGACAGACAAAAUGCCCAAGGCAGUCAAACUGUCCGGCAGCCCAGCUAGACGAAGAUGUCUUAAUAUAAAGCUUCCUAUUGUUCCAGGAAGGAAGAAAUGGAGUGUUGAAGAAACAAAGUGGUUAGAAGAAGGAGUGAGGCUGUACGGCGAGGGAAACUGGGCAAAGAUUCUGAGCAAGUAUAACUUUGUUGGGAGGACAUCAGUUAAUCUAAAGGAUAGGUGGCGCACUUUACAGAAGAACAAAUGAUGCUGGAAAGUACUAGAUGAUAUGGUAACAUAUGAAACUCAUUCUCAUUCAAAGAAAAAUCAAAACUAUGUAUUUGGGUCCGAGCUAAUGUUAAACAGGCCAACAAGUUCUUGUUUUUAGGCAACUCUUUUGUAAACAACUAUACAGAAUGGUUUGUUUGUUGUUGUUUGUGAGAGAAAAUUCUAAUUAUGUUCUCAAAUGGUACCAAAGAAGUUAAGACUAAUCUAAUUACCACUAGAUACUAAAUCUAAAGAAAUACAAUGUGUUAGAACUAGGCAGCUCAACAAUAAUCAGGCUGACUCCUAGCAAUCUUCCUUGUUUGUGACAUAUCUGACAAUAAUGACCAUCUGCCAUUGAGUGAUUACAGUCAAACCUGUAUUUAGUGGAUCUGUUUGGUACAAAUACUAUACUUUUAGCAAUGUCAAGUAUUUUUGACAUAUUUUGAUCGUUUUUUGAACUUAAUGUCAUAUUGAAAAGGAUCUGCUUGAUGACACCUGAAAAUUGUACCCACCCCCCACAAUUUUGUCUGUCAGUUGACCACUCUGGAACUUUUAAUUUUUAUCUGAUUGUGUACAUUUGGGAUGUAACAUAGUUGAUAUUUGUCACUAUUUUUUCCCUUUGUUAAGGUAUUUUUAACUGAAUGAUGACAGACUUGCCUCCAGUUUUGAUAUAUUGUAGAACACUAUAUAAUUUGUACUGAAAUGUUUAUUUGAGCAUGCCUCGAAUAAAAUAAUAUUAAUAUUUAGUAUUUGCAUAAACUAUGUAUAUUUUUGGUUGUCCAGUGACUAUAUUGCAUGUUCUCUGACUUUUCCAGGUUGAAAUAAUUUUAAGUGUUGGAAUUUUAUUGCACAAGACUUUUCUAAACCACUUAUAGUCUAAAGAUCUUUGCAUCUUUUUUGUAUUUUAAUAUUAUAAUUAUUAUUCUAUAUCUACUGAUUAUUAUAGCAGUGAUCAAUCAAGUAGUAUUAAAAAAAGAUUUUUACUAGACUACACUUUAUAUUUAUCAACUGACUUAUACACUUAACACAAUUCAGUCAUGUCUGACAUCAUUAUUGGCAGUUCAAUGAUACUAAUCAUGCAAAACUGGAAAAUUUCUAACAUGUAACUUGACUUUCCUAUUAAGCUGCCUAUAGAAUACCCUGGUAUUUUUCCUCACAUUGGUCAUUCAGCUCAUAAUGUAACACUCUUCUCUAGUGGAAAGAAACAUCAUGUGACAUUCAAAUAAUAUGCCUGCAAAAGAGACUAUGUUACCCCUCAAACAACAGCUACAGCUAGGAUAGAAGUAACUGGUUCAGAAAUAAAUCAAAGCAAGCACACAAAAAUGGGGAUCAAUACUUCCUAACCAAUUCUAUCUUUUUAGCUAAGAAAUAUAUUUUGGAUUAUCCAGUGCUUGCAGCUUUGGAGUUAUUGGCAAUGACUAGAAAUAUGUUUAGAUGGCUGUUGAUUUUCAGUGCUCACUACUCCCAGGCAGUCUUUCAAUAAUAUUGAUGUUUUUUUGUUUUUGUCAAGUAGUGAAAGGUCUUCAGAAAAUCUUCAACUGAUCCUCAUUCAUUAGUCACAUUUCUUUUAUAAGAUAGAUGUAUCUUGGCAUUAGUUACCUUAGUCUUUGUAGUAUCACUGUAUAUUUUUAGCAGUCUUGCAGUAUUAAUUUUGGCAAACCUGUAGGGUAACUCAAAAUACAAAUGACAAGUAGGAAUGAACAGCCAUGAUAUCCACUAAAAUAUCUCAAUAUCUAAUAUCCUACCUGUUUCUUACCUGGAAAAAAAACAUGAAGUGUUUCCUCACAGUUAAGAGGAUAAUUCAAUCAAGAGUACAAUAAACUAUGACAAAGUAUUUACAAUUUUCAAAGUGGAAUUAGGAUGCAAAUUAUGAAAAUAUUAAAUAAUUGAAAAUAUAAAGAAAUGUUAUUUCUCUUUCCACCUGUGUUUGGAAUAUUUUCACAUAUGGCUAAUAAAUGGAUUGCAGGAUAAAAACCAACCAUGGAGAUCUAAUUCCCAGUGACACUAGAUGUGAACAAUGCUGCCACAAGUUUGUCGUUUAACCUAGGGUAUCCUCAGAGCUUGAAUAAUUACAAAAGGAGCUUUGUAUCAAAAAUAUGUUUGAACAAAAAGUGCAAAGACAGAACACUGGGAGAAUUCAGUGUCGUUUUUCUGAUACACAUCUGGGUUGCUCUGCAUUCCUCGUGAAUUAAAGGUCAGUGCCCUUCAGCUUGAGACAAUGAUCAUGGAUGUAGAAACAGGAAAUUUCAUAUCCUUUUUAAGACCCUUUUGUAAUUUAACUAACAGUGCAUUUUGGUACGUAUUUCACUUGGACUUCCUUUAGGGUUUUCCCGGAAAACAGGAGACAUUUCAGAGAAAUGGUGGUAUACCCAGGGGGCUUUGGUAAAUGGGGCCACUGAUUUUCUUAUAAAUUGAUAUUGCCAAACAGUCUUGAUAUUGGUAUGAAAACAGAAGAGAAAGGACAGAGACUAAAAGAACUGAGAAUUGUGUUUUGACAAGACGUCUCCACACAAGUGUAUCACUGUUGAUCAUGACUUUUUCAGAUUUGGGUGGCCCUGAAAAGGGCCGGUGUGUUGUUGUCAUUGUUGUUUUGUCUUGUCUGGGUAUGUUGAGCACUCGUCUUCAAUAUCUUGGUCUUGUUGUCCUCCAACCUCGUGGUCUUUUAGUUUAUGUGUUUUUUGCUGUACUUUAGUCUCUGAAGUCUUCUGUCUUCUUGUCUUUAGUUCAAUUUCUUUCGAAGGAGAUCAGUCCAUUAGCUGGCAUCUCAAACUUCUAUGGGGUACUGGAUUCGGCUGUCAAAGCGGUUUUGUUUCUUCUGUGAGGUGAUAGUCGGUCUUGAGUUGCAGUCCUUGUAAAAGUCCUAUACUAUUUUCGGUUACCUAAGCUGUCGUUGUUUCAGUCCCUAAUAAUCUAUUUCCUAAGUUACAAAAUACGUCUCUCAGACGCCGCAUUUGCCUUACGCAUGCAGGCGCAUCUUAAACCUAAGGAGAUUUCUAGUUUUCUACUUCUCUUUUAAAAAAAUCUAACUCGAUCAAACACGUACAAAUAACCAACAAUUAAAUGAAAAAAGCAAAACGAAUAUUACAGGUCAAUAUUGCCUAAGCGUAGUGAACUAGACACGAUUACAAUUUGAAAAUUGGAACGUAUAUAAAU